AUGAACUCUGGCAGCGAGAGUCUCAAGAAAGCCGCCGUCAACAAAGCCAAGCAGCUCGCGCAUAACGGGACUUCGAACAAGAAGAGGAAGCAGCUCAACCCCAUCAUCACCACCGAGUCGCAGCAGGGCGGAGGAAACCCAUACAACGGCAACAACAGUGCGCAAGCUCAUCCGCAGUACGGCCAAGACCUCCACGACUCUCCCUCCGACUCCGAAUCCGAUGAGGCAAUGUCGCAGACUCAAGAUGAGGAAGAUAGCGAGGACUAUUGCAAGGGCGGAUACCACCCGGUGUCAGUAGGCGAGCAGUACAAAGAUGGCAAAUACACAAUCGUGCGCAAGCUUGGCUGGGGCCACUUCUCCACCGUCUGGCUAUCCAAGGACAACACGACCGGCAAGCACGUUGCGCUGAAGGUUGUUCGAUCCGCUGCGCACUACACUGAAACAGCGCUCGACGAGAUCAAGCUGCUCAACAAGGUCGUCGAGGCGAAUAAGGACCACCCAGGGCGCCAGCAUGUUGUCAGCUUGCUGGACUCGUUCAACCACAAGGGUCCGCACGGAAUGCAUGUGUGCAUGGUGUUCGAGGUACUCGGUGAAAACUUGCUCGGCCUGAUCAAGCGAUGGAACCACCGUGGAAUCCCCAUGCCCCUCGUCAAGCAGAUCACGAAGCAAGUGCUGCUCGGACUCGACUACCUACACCGCGAAUGUGGCAUCAUCCAUACCGACCUGAAACCUGAAAACGUUUUGAUCGAAAUUGGCGACGUCGAGCAGAUUGUCAAGACAUACGUUAAAGAGGAUGCGAAAGAGAAGGACGACCAUCGUAAUGGCCGGCGUAGGAGACGGACCCUCAUCACUGGCAGUCAACCUCUGCCCAGCCCCCUCAAUGCCAGCUUCUCGCACAGCGAUCUUGCAGACUUCCCUGGCAGCACACAAAGCCUGAACGCAGUCGUCAGUGACAGAAAAGGUAACAGUGACUCGCCCAUCAAGGGCGCGUCUCCGACUGGCGAUGCAGGUGCUGAGAUGAGUGGCGCAAUAGGAUCUACCUCACAAACACAACCAAAAUCAAUGCUCGAGCAACUUGGUCUGAAGGGCGAGAUGAGCGCCGAACCCGGAUCUACAGAGAAGGACCCGCACAAGGAGCGGGAGAAGACUGCGCGCAGUGACAUCCUCGCGAACAACGUCUCCGAUAUGGACCUCGGCAAUUCCCACGCAGUGAAGCCAAAGGUUGUAGAGAAGGCGGAAAAGGAAGACGGCAUCGACAUCAUCUCGGUCAAGAUUGCGGAUCUCGGCAAUGCGUGCUGGGUCGGACACCACUUUACUAACGAUAUUCAAACUCGGCAGUAUCGCUCUCCUGAAGUGAUACUCGGUGCGAAAUGGGGCGCCAGCACGGACGUAUGGAGCAUGGCUUGUAUGGUCUUCGAGCUCAUCACAGGCGAUUAUCUCUUCGAUCCACAAUCGGGCACAAAGUACGGCAAGGACGACGAUCAUAUAGCACAAAUCAUCGAAUUGCUGGGCACGUUUCCCAAGAGCUUAUGCAUAGCAGGCAAAUGGUCACAGGAGAUUUUCAACCGCAAGGGCGAGCUCAGGAAUAUCCACAGAUUGAGGCACUGGGCGCUACCGGACGUGUUGAGGGAGAAGUACCACUUUUCAGUCGAGGAGGCGAAGAGGAUAGGAGACUUUCUCCUCCCGAUGCUGGAACUUCAACCCGCGGAACGAGCAAAUGCCGGCGGCAUGGCGAACCAUCCAUUCCUCGACCAUACCAAGGGUAUGGAUCCCGUGAAGUUGGAUAUUCAGGUUGGCAGCAAGGGCGAGGGCAUUGAUGGGUGGUCUACGGAGGUGAAGAAGGUGCGUUAG